AUGGCGCCGUUCGGAGUAGAGUUCAUGCUAAGGCAGAUGCUGGAGCUCCUGCGGCUGCUGCAGCUGAACCUGCUGCUCGCCUUCCACAGCCACGAGCUCCAGCUCGACACGGAGCACCACGUGACCCGCGUGCUCCUGGGUCUGCCCCGCACGAGAACGAGGAGGACGGUCCGGCGAAAGUUUUGGAAAAGACCCGGCAGGACCAGCAGCUGGUGGGACAACCUGCUCGACGGCGCCGUCGCGGACAGCGAGUGGCGGGAGAACUUUCGCAUGUCCCGGGCCGCGGUCGUCGCCCUCACCAACGAGCUGCGGCCGCACGUCGAACGGCAGACGACCAACAUGAGGGCGCCCAUCGGUCCCCUCAAGCGGGUCGCGAUCACCCUCCACUACCUGGGCGACGAGGGCAGGCUGCAGAAGACCGCCGACGCGUUCGGCGUGUCGCGCCAGGCCGUGUCCAUCAUCGUCCGGCAGACGUGCGUGGCGAUCUCCACCCACCUGGGUCCCAAGUACAUCAAGCUGCCUUUCACGGAGCCGGAGGCGGAGGAGCUCGUGGCGGGCUUUUCUCGCUCCCACGGCAUGCCGCAGUGUUUCGGAGCCGUCGACGGCACCCACGUUGAGAUCAAGCAGCCGUCCACCAACUCCAUGGACUACGUUAACCCAAAAGGCAAAUGCUCCCUGAACGUCCAGGCAGUGUGUGAUUACAGGUGUCGCUUCAUGGAUGUCGUCAUAAAGUGGCCGGGGAGCGUGCCCGAGGGGCGGGUCUUUGUCAACUCAAAGCUCAACAGCUGCUUGAAGACUGGGAGAAUCCCCGCGCUGCAGAAACGGAUAGUGGAUGACGAGGAGGCCAUACCGAUCUACCUGGUGGGGGAUGCCGCCUACCCGCUGCUGCCCUACCUGAUGAAGGAGCACCCAGACGCAGGCUCCACUCCCCAGGAGCGGUGCUUCGGGGUUUGUUUACGCAGGGCUCAUGACGUCAUCCUGCGUGCUGUCGGGCGCCUGAAAGCCAGAUUUGCAGCCCUCAAAAGGCCCAUGGACAUCAAUCUGAACGACCUCCCUCACGUCAUUUACUCCUGCUUCGUUCUCCACAACUUCUGCGAGUCUCGUAGGGAGGCGGUGGAUGAGCAGUCCGUGUUGGGAACGAUGCGAAGUGAAAAGGAGUCGCAGCCGCCGACGGAGCGCGCUGGUUCCCAGUCUGACUGUAGCGAGGGAGAGGGGACGAGAGUGAGGAGGGUGGUGAUGAAGUACCUGGACCCUCAGGACAAAGACGGAGGGAUCACAGUGCAGCGUGUUUAA